UUUUGAUUUCCAAAUAUUUAUUUUCACAUACAUAUUCAACUUUCUUUCUGACUUAAAAAAAAUUGAGAAUUAAAAAAUAAAACAUUUGAAAAUAAAAAAUAUUAAAAUUUAAUUGGAAAAAAAAUAAAAUGUAAUAAAAACAAAAAAAUUAAUUUCUUACUUCUAAUUUUAUUUUUUAUUUUCAAAUUUUUCAUCUAUCGAAUUAUAUUUUCAUUUUCUUCAGAUGGACCCGACACAAUGUGGCUCAGGAGCGAGAAAAACGGCAAACGGAGACUGGCUCACCGGUGCAAGCGACGAACUUUGAAAAAACCCCGGCUCUCGAUCCGCAAGAAAAUAAUCAAAAAACCACCCCAACUGCUGAUCGAUCCUGCUACCAGCAACAUUGACAGUAAAAUUGUUGACAUUGACAGUAAUGAAGUAGCCGGGAAAAUGCAGUUCAACAUAACCUCGAAGCAAAGUUGCGAGUACCAAAAGUACGGCAUGUACACCGACUAUUAUGAUGACUACUCGAAAGCCGAGUACCACCACGACGAUUUGCAAAUCGAUUUGAGUGACGUCAACGCCCAAGAGUUGAACAAUUUGCUGGACGAGGAAAUGGCGAAAAACGUGAAUCUGGUCUACGACUUCGCUACGUUCAACUACCAGCAACAGCAACAACAACCCGACCAACAGCAACAAGUCGAAGUGGUCGAGGACACUUGGGAGGCGACUUUCGAUCCGUACUUGUUCAUCAAGCAAUUGCCGCCGUUGACGUUCGAAAUGUUGUCCAGAAAGUGUCCGGCUCUGCCUCUGAAGACAAGAUCGAGUCCCGAGUUCAGUCUGGUGCUCGAUCUCGACGAGACUCUGGUCCAUUGCAGCCUGCAGGAGCUCAGCGACGCCAGUUUCCGGUUCCCGGUUCUGUUCCAGGAUUGUUCUUACACGGUGUACGUGCGUACAAGGCCUUUUUUCCGCGAGUUUAUGGAGAAGGUGUCCAGAAUGUUCGAAGUGAUUCUGUUCACGGCGUCCAAGCGCGUCUACGCCGACAAGUUGCUGAACCUGCUCGAUCCGGAACGGAAGUGGAUCAAGUACCGGCUGUUCCGCGAGCACUGCGUCUGCGUCAACGGCAACUACAUCAAGGACCUGAGCAUUUUGGGCCGGGACUUGUCCAGGACGAUUAUCGUCGACAAUUCGCCGCAGGCGUUCGGCUAUCACCUCAACAACGGCAUCCCGAUCGAAAGCUGGUUCGUGGACCGUACCGAUUCGGAACUCAUGAAACUGUUGCCGUUCUUGGAAGAUCUCGUACAAUUGAAAGAAGACGUCAGGCCUCAUAUCAGAAACAAGUUUAAACUUUUCAGUUAUUUGCCCCCUGACUAAGAAAGAAAAAGUACCAUUUAGCGCCAUCUGUUGGUAGCUUUAAAAGCAACAAAAGUGCAAUAUGUGAUGGUGGCUCGGUACUUUUUUUUUUUGAAUUUUUAUUGUAUAAAACGUUGGUCAGUAUUUUAUACUAAAUAGGAUUUUAAGCUUAAAUUUUAGUAAAAUUGAUAAUUGUACUAGUUUUAGUACAAUUAUACAUAAUUGUACUAAUUUUAGUACAAUUAGUAUUAUUCGACUCUCGAAUAUCGUAGAAGUUUUUAGGUUUAGACGAGACGGCAAUAGCACAAAAAAAUUAUUUUAUGAAUGUUACGGUGUUUUAUAUUUAUAUUUUAUCUGUCAAAAAAAAAAUUGACAUUAUUUGACAUUUAUUAGUUAAGAAGGGGUGAGCGGAAUUGUUUUGUUGAGGUUGGUACAAUUAACAAUAAUUGUAAGUAAGAAUUUAAAUUGACUUAUUUUCUGUACAAAUGUACUAAAUUUCGUGUGGUAGAUGAUUGUACUAAAAGCAAUCGUGAAUAAUUUUGUACAAGAUUUAGUACAUAUUGUAAUUUGAUGAAUUACAUGCAUUAAAUAAUGAAAUUUCCUAAUUUUUAUUACAAUCACAAUUGUACUAUUUUUCGUACAAUAUAAUAAUUUAGUACAAUAUAAUAAUUGUACUAAAUUUGGUACAAUUCAAAUUUCACCGAUUUAGACAUAAUGGCUGCCAUUCCCACCCCUUGUUUAGUGUUUUAUUACUUGAAUAAUUGUGAUUCAUUAGAAUUAGAAAACGAUUUUGAUUUGUAUUUUUUUUUGCUCAUUAAAAAUGAACAAUUUAAGGACGAUUGUUUUGUAUAACCCCAAACGCCCCCUAGUGGAAUUUCGGGGUACUAAAAUGACAUUCGAUCAUCUGUCAAAUGUCACCUAUAGCCUAUAGCUGUCAGGUAACAAGAAAAAAGUAAAUAAACUCUCUCUCUAAAAAUUUCGAAUCACGAGGUAGAACCUUUGGAGUGAGUUCUAAUUACUCUACUCUGUAUAUUUACUCUAAAAAAAAAUAAUUGAAAAGUUAAAAUGAAUACGGAGUACUCUAGAGUGCCCAAUUCGUUCAAAAUUGUACUUUUUUUGACUAUUUUAUACACCACUGGUUAAAAGUAAGAUUAUGUCAUUAUUAAAAUAAUCUUUGGAGUGAGUUUAAUUACUCUACUCUGUUGCCGUGUUCGGAAUUGUCAUCUUUUUCAUCAAUUUGCUCCAAAAUUUUGACAGGCACGUGACAAUUUCAAUUCACAAAUCACUUGUUUGUCCAAAUUUCAGAGCAAAUCGACGAAAAAGAUGACAAAAACGAACACAUCUUAUAGUAGUUUUUACUCCACUAAUUUAUAUUCGAAUCCGGAGUAAACGAACUAAAAAUAUUUGCGUUCGGGGAAAAUUUCACCGUUAGGUACUUAUCUUAUUGAAAUUUGCUUUCUCAGAGGUGAAACUUUUGGAGUGAGUUGUCCUCUAUUUACACUGAAAAGCCACUUCCGAACAGUUGGAGUAGUUACUUUAUUGGUUCGGGGGUAUCAUUAUAGAGUAAAAUAAUGGCGUUCGGCGUAAGCAGAGUAGACUCAAGUUUCAUUUCACAAAUUGAUUCCAACUUGGCAACUCUUUUGACACUUUUCACUCUAAAAUCGUUCGGGUUUAGAGCCCGAGUAAGAUUUAUAAACCCGUAUAAACAAACAUGCAGUAAGCUACUCUAUUUACUCUAUAAGACCAUGAUCGAACAAUCGAAAUACUUAAAAUGAAAAAGGCGAAUUCAACUUUAAUUUAAUUUAGUAAAAUUUCAAUUCUAUUGCACCAGAACAUCUGCACUGGAACAAUAAAUAAGGCAGCUUUAACUUUGAAAAUCUCCAUAAAUGAACAAUCGGAGUACUUGGAGCUUGGAGUGAAAAAGACGAACUUAAAUUUAAUUUAAUUCCAUUUCUUUCACUUUGAAAAUCUUUAUUUUUCGAGCUGAAACUUUUGGAGUAAGAUUUAUUUACUCUAAUCUGUGGAAACGAAAAUGCAUUUAGUUACUGUAUUUACUCUAAAAAGCUGUAAUCGAACAGUCGGAGUAGCUACAAAUUACUUGGAGUGAAAAAGCUAAACACAACUCUAGAUGCUCCCAGUUCUAAUCUGAGAUUUUUGACUCUUUUUACUCGAAUUAGAAAAAUUUUGACUUUUAGAGUGCUCACAGAGUAGCCAAUAUUUGACUUUUUUAUACUCCAUCAAUUCGGAUUUUUUAUUCGGAAUAAGUGGAGUAAUAUCUAAUUAGAGAAGAAAAAGACAAGGGAGACCCCAGUGUGUAUUCUGUGCAUAAAUUUUAUUGAAUAGCAGAGCGCUUUCGGCCGUAGGCCAUCUUCAGUGCUUCCUGAAAGUAAUCAAAUAACCUGAAUGAGAUUUUGAAGGUUGUAACUAGUUGAGUUGAUUAGCUAAUCGGUUAUUACUUACUUUGUCAGGAGUACAUCGAAGUCAGAAAUUGUAAAAGAGCACCACAUACUUAAUGGAACGAACAUACAUUUAAAUUAUUGCAAAACAUUAAACAUUUAGGUGUAAAAACAUUUAGGUGUAAAAAGGGGGGCCCUAGGGCUGAACCAUGGCAAUUACAUUAAUUAGUUUGGUCUCAGACAACGUGUUCUUUUUCGUUUUGUAAUUAAUGCUGGAUGACACAGGAAGAAAGUCAGCUGAUUUUCAAAGACUAACCGCGCAAGUGUGAGCUACGAGGGCAACUCCAAAAUUGCAGUUCAAAAAAUAAGAAUUUCGAAAAUCGUUUAAGUUUUCGUUUUUUAUAAAUAGAGCCAGACUAAAUUUUAAAAAACAAUAACUCUAUUGUAAGCAGGUCUAGAUGGAACUUGAUAAUUUCUUGAUUAUCAUCAUUGAGUGAUCAAACCUACUUAGUUGUUAAGCUUAGUUAGUGUUUAAUUUAGAAGGCGUCUGUGCAAAGGGAUAUAACUCCUAUUCAAAUUCACCUGAGUAUUUAGACAAGAGCAAUUUACCUGUAGUUCUUUUUGUAUUUCAAUGUCCUCCACAAAGUCCAGUCUAUUGAAGUUCUUUGAAGAAACGUUAUGGAUAAUCUUGGAAUUUGAUUUAGGGCUAAAUUCAUGUUUUGUGGAUUUUAUGUGGUCCCCAAAAGCCGAAUUAGGUCUGGUUAAAUGUUCGUGAAUCCGUGUUUGAAGAGGUCUACAAGUUCUCCCUAUAUAUGAACUGUUGCAAGUGUUACAGUUUAACUUAUAAAUUCCGCUUUUGGAGAGGGUUUCUAUCCUAUCUUUAGAGUUAACCAAGUGUGUGUGAAGAGUGUUUUUUGUUUUAUAAGAAAUAUUAACUUUCUGGAUAGAAUGGCGAAUGGAAUUUGCUACUUUCGAACUGAAAUUUUGAUCAACAAAAGGUAUUGAAACAUAUCUCAAAGUCUCCUUUGGAAGAGGGUAGAUUUCUUUCCUCAGUCUAUUGUGUUUUGUCUUGUUAAUCAAGGUAUCUAUCAUGUCCGGGUCGUAUUGGUUGUUGUAUGCUAUUUGUUUCAAGAUUCUAAGUUCUUUGUUGUAGUUCUCUUUAGACAUUGGAAUAUUAAGUAGCCUAUUUAUGUAACAGUGGAAGGCUGCUAAUUUGUGUUGUUGAGGAUGAUUAGAAGAUUGUGGGAUUGUGUGGUCCGUUUGUGUUGGCUUCCUGUAAAUUUGAAAAUGAAGAUUGUUCUGUUCCUUUUCUAUGGUAACGUCUAAGAAAUUAAUUUUUUUGUUAUUUUCUAUCUCUAGGGUGAAAGCAAUGUUAGGGUGAAUGGUGUUCAACUUGUUAAGUAGGGUCUCAGCCACUUGAUUAUCACCAGCCAGGAAACAAAGACAAUCGUCCACAUAUCUGAACCAGUGUAAAAUUUCCGAAUUGUUAUUUGAUAUGAUAUGUUCAUUUUCCAGAAAAUCCAUGAAUACAUCAGCAAGAAAAGGUGAUAAACAGCUGCCCAUAGCGAGGCCGUCAGGUUGUUGGUAAUAUUUGCCAUUGAAACAGAAGUAGUUCUGUGACAAACAUAGGUUUAGUAUUGAUAAGAUGUUAACUACAUUGUUUUCAGGUAUAUUUUUUGAUCUUAGGUAAUUGCCAUGGUUCAGCCCUAGGGCCCCCUUUUUACACCUAAAUGUUUUUACACCCAAAUGUUUAAUGUUUUGCAAUAAUUUAAAUGUAUGUUCGUUCCAUUAAGUAUGUGGUGCUCUUUUACAAUUUCUGACUUCGAUGUACUCCUGACAAAGUAAGUAAUAACCGAUUAGCUAAUCAACUCAACUAGUUACAACCUUCAAAAUCUCAUUCAGGUUAUUUGAUUACUUUCAGGAAGCACUGAAGAUGGCCUACGGCCGAAAGCGCUCUGCUAUUCAAUAAAAUUUAUGCACAGAAUACACACUGGGGUCUCCCUUGUCUUUUUCUUCUCUACAUCGUUGAUGUGCACACAGCCAUUUCCCUCAUUUAAUAUCUAAUUGUUUUCGGAGUAAGUGGAGUAAGAUUGUUUGCACUCGGAUAACACGAA